AUGCUCGAUUCCGACCUAGAUUCCUUAGACGGUAUCAAUCAAGGUUCUCCUAGCCACGAUUCGGACUCAAGUCGCGAACAUGGUGUCAUUCCCUUGGAAUGUUCGGCGGAAUGCUCUGAAUUCUGGGAUGAGGACUGGGACGAAAAAGAGUACACCUCACAGUUUGCUAAUUGCAACGAACUUGGUCAUGUCUGGGCAGCCCUCCAAAGAGAGUUGCUCACCUCUCGAAGAAUCAAAGAAGAUGACCCCUGGGUAUCUGAUUACUUUGACUUUGACGCGCUCUUGACCGGACUACGGACGGGAGAACGAAUAUCAAUGCCACUAUUAGACGAUGGAAAUGAUCCAACCCUAUUGCCGCUGUGGUUGAUGGGACAGUCCUUGGGCGCCUGA